CUCGUUUCGAAUAGAUGUGUUCCUAAUUCAAAAUUUAAAAGGCUGACGACAAAACUUUUUUAAAAAUAAAACAAUAGAAAUGAGACUGGCCACUUAUAGUUCCAAUUAAUAUUAAAAAGUUAAUCGACAAAAAGUUCUGAGAACUUUUAAAAAUGUUAGACGUUAUCGGAAAAAGUUUUUCAAGGUGCAUAGUUAUAGUUUUGUUUUUUAGUGAGUACUUGUGCGAAUCUUUCUUUGAAAGUAAACCAGUGAUAGUGCAGACUUUUGAAAAUGAAACGGUUGUGCUGCCUUGUUAUGUAAAUAACGAUUUGGAUGACCCACCCCACGUCCGCUGGUACCGAGGCUCCGACCUGCUGCUGGACAGCGCGGCGGGGGAGCCGGCGGCCCGGGCGCGGCUGCUGCCCAACUGCAGCCUCGUGCUGGACCAGCUGAGGGCGGCCGACAGCGCGCAUUAUACUUGCGAGGUUAUACGCCCUGAACCCUGGGGCCCUAUCAAGCAAGUGCACUCAGUAAGAGUACAAUAUGGUCCAACAGUGAAGACGAUCCCUGAAGAUGGAUUUGUGGAGGUCAGGAAGGGAGAGUACGUGGACAUCGGCUGCGAAGCCUCCGGGAGCCCGGAGCCUACUAUCAGUUGGAAGAAGAACGGAGCCACAAUGCAGCUACUAGAACACCGCUCCCGAAUGCGCUUCAAGGCUGAACACCGUCAGCUGGCCGGAGUCUACCAGUGUGUGGUGGCGAACGGAGUGGGGGACGCUGUGGAGGGGACCAUCACUGUUACUAUUGAAGACGCUCCAGUAGCAGAAGCAGUGGCGUCCUCAGUGCACACAGCCCUAGGGCUCCGGGCCGCGUUGGCGGUACGCUUGCAGCCCUCCGCGCCGCCAGCCCGCGCCGCCUGGUUCAUGGGGGGAAGAGCCGUGAGGACUGAUGACAGAGUGAUCCAAAUAGUCCAAGACGGCGUCCACCAGCUGAUCUUCCGCACGGUGCGUCUCUCCGACCUGGGCAACUACACGUUCCGCGCGGAGAACAAGCUGGGCAUGGUCGACGUGGCCAUCCGACUCACUGCUGUCCCCAACACCGCUUCAUUCAAAAUUGACGCCGUGCUGAACCGACCGUCCGCAAACAGCUACACACUUAUAUGGGAAGUCGACUCUUACUCUACAAUCAUUGAAUACAACUUAUGGCUGCGUCCGUAUUACGCCAGGCCGACUCCGGACUCUAGCGAUGGCUUCACGACUGAACAGCCUCAGAACCGAUGGAGCAAGAUCGUGGUACCCGGAGACAUUAAUGACGGACCAAUCCACAGUGCCAGUUACACAGUGAGAGGACUAACACCCUCGACUGUCUAUGAAGCUAUUGUCACGUCACGAAAUAGGUUCGGGUGGAGCAAGCCAUCAGCUAUAUUACACUUCGCAACUGAUCCUCCAGUUAACAAUAACCGGAGGCCCUCAACUAUAGACUACAGCGAAACGCCAGUAUUAGAAGAUCUUGAAACUGAACGCAGCCAAAAUUCGACACAAGCUCAAAUUUCUGAACGCAACAGUAUGACGGACGCGAGUGCGCGGGAAACGCCAUCUUUGACCGCCAUUUGGUGUUCAAUUUUAGUAUUUUUGAAAGCAAUAUUAUCAUGAUUUGAAUAAUUAUUUGAUUCUAAUGUUGUUAUGUUCCUUUUCUUAUGAUGUUAAAAUUUAUACAGUAUUGCCAUGUUUUAGGUACCUAUGUUAUAAGUUGUAAAUAACAAUUUAGAUUGAUAUAA